UGUUUCUCCGGAAGUGCGUCAUCAGCAACCGGAAGUGGUGGAACGUUAUUCAGGAUUUGCACCGUAGAGAGAUAACGGGACCACCGGGGAAAGCGGAAGUGCUCAGGAUUCUGCCUUGGCGGAGAAUGGUUGGCUUCCUCCAAAAAUCCCAGCCUUACAGUUACUAUGUCAGGACCUCUGACUGAGAAGAGUCCAGUGUCUGCCCUCACCCUCAGCCUCCUCACAUCUCACAACGACCUCCUGUCCCCCAAGAGCCGGCAGAUCUAUGCCCACACCGAUCUGCAGAGUGCCAUGGGGCUGGUCAGCGCGGAGCUGGGUGGCAGCGCUGCAUCUGACCGCACCAACCCAAAGUGGCUAAAAGAAGGGCAGAACCAACUGCGCAAAGCGGCAGAACAUGAGAAGGAGGAUCAGAACUGCAACCCUGAUCCAGAAGGUGGCAACAAAGACUGGACCAACCGGAAUCAGGAGAAAGAGAAGCGGAGCGAGCUGCAGGACCUGGAGGUGUCUGCCCUCAACUGCGUCAAUCUCAGCAGCAUGAUCACUGCUCCGCUCUUCAUCCAUGCGCAAGAGGCAGAGGAAGGCGAUGAGGAAGACGAUGACCUGACCCCUGCGCAGAGUGAGGUCACUGACCCCAUCACUACUGAGACCUCGGAGCUCAGCUCUGAGAUUGUGCCAGACAACAGGAAGGAUGUUAAUGAGGGUCCCAGAGAAGCCGGGCGCAGUGCCAGCCUCCUGUUUGGGAUGAGGAACACUGCUGGAAGCGAUGAGGACUCCAGCUGGGCCACGCUGUCUCAGGGCAGUCCGUCCUAUGGCUCCCCCGAUGACGCAGAUUGCUUCUGGCCACGAAACUCACUGGAGACCGACUCUGAUCUGCCGUCAGGAUGGAUGCGGGUGCAGGACACCUCAGGAACUUACUAUUGGCACAUUCCCACUGGCACCACUCAGUGGGAGCCACCGUCUGAUGUGUGCACUGGGGAACCAAAGUUGUACUCUCCUUCCACCGAGCACACCCCAACAGAAGAGGCUGAGGAGACAUCACAGGAGGAGCUGUCAGAUUUCAGUCACAAUGAGACAGAUGAUGUGACCUUCCAUAUCAAUAACCUAAGUCUGAACUCCAUUCUGCCCUCGGAUGAAGAGAGGGGCCCGAUAUCUGACCCGGGGCCACAGAGGUUCCCGGUGCACUCUCUUGGUUGGGUUGAAGUCACAGAGGAAGAUUUGGCCCCAGGGAGAAGCAGUGUGGCGGUGAAUAGCUGCAUCAGACAGUUGUCACUUCACUGCCAGAGCCUGAGCCAGGAGAAGCAGAUGCUGCUGAUCUUAGAUGAGGACUCACUGAAGCUCUAUGACUCUAUGGGACAGACGCUUCUGCACUCUCAGCCCAUUGUCAGCAUCCGGGUCUGGGGUGUGGGGAGAGAUGACGGAAGGGACUUUGCUUAUGUAGCCAGAGACAAACUGACGCAGCUGCUGAAGUGUCAUGUGUUCCGUUGUGAGACGCCAGCCAAGGCUAUAGCGACCGGUCUGCACGGGGUCUGCUCCAGGAUUAUGGCUGAAAGACGGAGCACACGCUCGCUCAUGAAUGGCCUCUUUCUGGACCAGUCCAGACUGGUAGAUAUUCCUUUCCAAGUUGAGUUUCCAGCCCCAAAGAAUGAACUCGUUCAGCGCUUCCAGGUCUACUUUCUAGGGAAUGUCCCAGUCAGCAGACCCGUGGGAAUGGAGGUGAUAAAUCGCACUCUGCAGACUGCGCUGAGCACGGACCGAGCCUCCUGGAUUCCUGUCACGGUCAACGUGGCGUCAGCGACUGUUACAGUCUUGCAUCAGCAGACCGAGGAGCCUCUCGGUGAAUGCAGGGUCCGCUUCCUGUCCUUCAUGGGGGUUGGAUGUGACGUUCACACGUUUGCUUUCAUCAUGGCAGAGGCUCCGGGGUUGUUCAUGUGUCACAUGUUCUGGUGCGAGCCCAACGCCGCUCACCUGUCUGAAGCCGUUCAGGCCGCCUGUAUGCUCCGCUAUCAGAAGUGUUUGGACGCUCGGCCUCAGAGCACCUCCUGCCUCCCAACACCGCCGGACUCUGUGGCUCGCAGAGUGGGCUCCAGCGUCCGCAGAGGGGUACAGUCACUUCUUGGAUCCUUCAAAAACAAGCGCCCUGGGGGGCAGACGCCGUGACCUUCUAGCUCGUGACCUUUGUCCCUUUUCCUGCGCUCUGCCUGUCUCUCCUUAUUAAUACUACAGGCCCAUGGUGCAGCACAUAUGUAAUGAGUCUUGUUUUCCAUUGUAAGGGCAGAAAGACACUCCAGGAGUUGGGUUACCUCUAUAAUACUGGAACCCUAUUGAGGCCUUAUGAGUAGCAAUAAGGCAGUGUGCAGCUGGCAGGGGAUUGGUGGCUGCUGUUGUGGUUGUGUAGAUACGUGCGUGUGUAUGUGUAACGUCUAACACAUUAUAGCCACCCUCUGAUCCGCUCUGCAGGCUGUAACUGUAUACAGACACUAGAUGCUCUGCGCCACCACGCUCAUUCACAGGGACACUGGAUGCUCUGCGCCGCUCCGCCAUGCUCAUUCACAGGGACACUGGAUGCUCUGCACCGCUCAUUCACAGGGACACUGGAUGCUUUAGCACGCUCAUUCACAGGGACACUGGAUGCUCUGCGCUGCCCUGUCCGGCUCCGUCACCAUAGUCACAGGGAUACUGGAUGCUCUGCCACGCUCAUUCACAGGGUCACUGGAUGCUCUGCGCAGCUCCGCCACACUCAGUCACCAUAGUCACAGGGACACUGGAUGCUCUGCGCUGCCCCGCUCAGUCACAGGGACACUAGAUGCUCUGCACUGCCCUGUCCGGCUUAAUCACCAUAGUCACAGGGACACUGGAUGCUCUGCGCCGCACCACCAUUUUCAGUUACAGGGAUACUGGAUGCUCUGCGCUUCCCCGCUCAGUCACAGGGACACUAGAUGCUCUGCACUGCCCUGUCCGGCUCCGUCACCAUAGUCACAGGGAUACUAGAUGCUCUGCACUGCCCUGUCCGGCUCCGUCACCAUAGUCACAGGGAUACUGGAUGCUCUGCACUACCCUGUCCGGCUCAAUCACCAUAGUCACAGGGAUACUGUAUGCUCUGCACUGCCCUGUCCGGCUCCGUCACCAUAGUCACAGGGAUACUGGAUGCUCUGCACUGCCCUGUCCGGCUCCGUCACCAUAGUCACAGGGAUACUGGAGGCUCUGCACUGCCCUGUCGGGCUCAGUUACCAUAGUCACAGGGACACUGGAUGCUCUGCGCUGCCCCUCUCAGUCACAGGGACACUGGAUGCUCUGCGCUGCCCCGCUCAGUCAAAGGGACACUGGAUGCUCUGCGCUGCCCCGCUCAGUCACAGGGACACUGGAUGCUCUGCGCUGCCCCGCUCAGUCACAGGGACACUGGAUGCUCUGCGCCGAGUCUCCGUAGUCAGACACUUGCCGAUCUGUAUGUGACUCAGUUGUUGGUUCCCAGAAUGUGAUCUGUGACUGGAUCAUGAUCCUUGUUAGCGCGAUUAGCCACUGACGUCUGUGGGUGACGCUGUGAACGUUCCCGCCGCCGUCUCGCUGUCACCAUACAGAACCCACAUAUAUGUGUCAUGGAGACUGUUAUACAAGGGUCCCAGUGACAGCCUCAGUGUGAGUGUGACGAGCAGCUUCCAUUGUUCCUGCGUGCUAUGCGACAGCUGCUCUACCCUGUGUGAUAACACCAACCCCACACCUCGUGUCUCAUCUCAGUCCCUGCGUGCUUAUACCCUGUGUGAUAACACCAACCCCACACCUCGUGUCUCAUCUCAGUCCCUGCGUGCUAUGUGACAGCUGCUAUACCCUGUGUGAUAACACCAACCCCACACCUCGUGUCUCAUCUCAGUCCCUGCGUGCUUAUACCCUGUGUGAUAACACCAACCCCACACCUCGUGUCUCAUCUCAGUCCCUGCGUGCUAUGUGACAGCUGCUAUACCCUGUGUGAUAACACCAACCCCACACCUCGUGUCUCAUCUCAGUCCCUGCGUGCUUAUACCCUGUGUGAUAACACCAACCCCACACCUCGUGUCUCAUCUCAGUCCCUGCGUGCUUAUACCCUGUGUGAUAACACCAACCCCACACCUCGUGUCUCAUCUCAGUCCCUGCGUGCUAUGUGACAGCUGCUAUACCCUGUGUGAUAACACCAACCCCACACCUUGUGUCUCAUCUCAGUCCCUGCGUGCUAUGUGACAGCUGCUCUACCCUGUGUGAUAACACCAACCCCACACCUCGUGUCUCAUCUCAGUGCCUGCGUGCUAUGUGACAGCUGCUCUACCCUGUGUGAUAACACCAACCCCACACCUUGUGUCUCAUCUCAGUCCCUGCGUGCUAUGUGACAGCUGCUAUACCCUGUGUGAUAACACCAACCCCACACCUCGUGUCUCAUCUCAGUCCCUGCGUGCUAUGUGACAGCUGCUCUACCCUGUGUGAUAACACCAACCCCACACCUCGUGUCUCAUCUCAGUGCCUGCGUGCUAUGUGACAGCUGCUAUACCCUGUGUGAUAACACCAACCCCACACCUCGUCUCAUCUCAGUGCCUGCGUGCUAUGUGAUAGCUGCUAUACCCUGUGUGAUAACACCAACCCCCACACCUCGUCUCAUCUCAGUCCCUGCGUGCUAUGUGACAGCUGCUAUACCCUGUGUGAUAACACCAAUCCCACACAGAGUGUCUCAUCUCAGUGCCUGCAGCGCAUGACCUCCUAAUUAGCGUGUUGUGUGCAUCACGGGAUCAGCCGCUACGUGUCACAUGAUGCCAGACCUCAACUGGAAUGUCCGUUAUUGCGCACUUUAGGUGGGGAUGAAAGCCUAGUAACUGUGCGGCAAUGCGGAGACUCAAAAUAAUGACAUUUUAUUUACUACUGUUCUAUGUUUAUUUAUUAUGUGAGUUAUGUGUAAUACGUUGUAUGUGGGUCUUGACGUGUUACGUGACCUGCACCACGCAGGUCUGAUCCUCUUACCUGUACACGUCAUGAAUGAGAGAUUGCAUGCCAGGUGGCGCUCGGACUGUGCGCGUGGUGAGAUGGUGAUACAGCUGUAAACACGCUCGUCUUACUGCGGCACGUUGUAUCAUGGCAUGCUGUACUAUUUGCAGCCGGCGAACAAUUCCUUUAGGAAACAAUUGCGCAAUCGCAGGCUGCGAAUAGUCACAGCCUGGCUCGCCUCGCAGCACGCCGUGUGGCUACAUCUGUACCUUAUGUACACUAGCAGCUCUCAUUCUGGAUGCGAUUUUGCACCAUAGAGGCAACUCCAGAACAUGCUACUGUACAACGGUUGUAUGUAGGAAUACGUGCUCGGAACACGUGAGUGUAUGAUAUAUGUAAAACUAUACCCAGGAACACGCUACUGUACAACUGGUGUAUGUAAGAAUAUAUCCUCAGAAGAUGCGUGUGUAUGUUUAGAAUGUAGAUGUUAAACACGCUAGUGUAUGUAAGAGACUACCCCAGAACAUGCUACUGUACAGCUGUAUGUAAGACAGGUUCGGAACACGCUAGGGUACGUCCGGUCUGUGGUAGGGUUCCCUUGGAACAGCAGAUGAAUUCUGUAUAGGUGCAGUACUGGAACUGUAGACACUAAAUGCCCCAGGGACACCAUAAAACUACUGUACUCCACAUACUUCAAUAAAAUCCUAACAUGACAACAAA